UUCAAAAGUGGAGAGACUAAUACACGAGCUUAAGGAACCUCCAAGUCUCUUUAGCGCGUCCAUGACUCGGUGACUCCGAGUCCGAUACCCAGAAACAUUCCCGAGUCUCUCAUUGCCUCAAAGGGCCAAGAUCCUUAAUUUCAUCCAAAAACAGAGUGAUCACAGUGUGUACAGAUGGGUAGCGUUGAGGAGGUUGACCAGGAGCGAGAAUUCGAUGUUGAAGAGACCAUAUUUGUUGCGGUGGGGAAGAGUGUGGAAGAGAGCAAAACAACGCUGUUCUGGGCUGCGCAGAACUUUGCGGGCAAGAAGAUUUGCGUGCUCCAUGUUUACCAGCCUAAGCACGUAGCUGAACCGACGGAUAUAAAUUUUUCAGCGGACAGACUCAAACAACAGGCUAGCAAGGCCUUCCAGGAAGUUGAAUGGCAAAAGUUGCAUGAACUUCUAGAUCAAUAUCUUCUCGUUCUUGUGCAAGCAGGGGUAGAGGCUGAUAAAGUUUGGAUUGAGAUGGAUAACGUGGAGAAAGGGAUUGUAGACAUCAUUGCCCGGCACAAUAUUAGAUGGCUUGUCAUGGGGGGAGCAGCCGAAAAGUACUACUCAAAGAAAUUGGCAGAGCUAAAGUCCAAAAAAGCAUUUUUUGUAUGCCAACAAGCACCAAUUUCCUGUAAUGUUUGGUUUGUUUGCAAGGGGUGCCUCAUAUACACGAGGGGAGGCAGAAAAGAUAAAUCUGAUUUAGAGAUUGCCCCUCCAUUGCUGCUGCUGAAUUCAGAUAUACAAAAUGAGCAAUCAGAGAACUUAGAAUCAGAAACUCUCACGGAUGAGCUGAGAUAUUUAGAUGCAGUGGGAGAUGUUAAUGACCUGGAGAGAAUCUCAAGAAGCUUCGGUUCCCAGUGUUCUAUACACUCAAGUUGGUCCACUAAAAGGGUGGUUGACACUUCAAAGUUGGCCUUGUGUUCGGCGGAUGAGGAGGAAGAAGAUCGAGGACAAGCCACUAUUGAAUAUUAUUCUAGACUAGAAGAAGCCAUUAGAGAUGCCAAGAGCUCAAAAAGGAAAGAAGUUGAAGAGGCAGUUAAGCGAUGGAAAGAAGAAGACAAUGCUGUGGAGGCUAGAUGCAAGGCCAAAGCAUUAGAGAACUUGUGCGCUAAGGAGAUGAGCCAAAGGAGAGAAACUGAGGAAGUUCUGACAAGAGAAAAACAAGAAGUAGAAAGGAUGAAGGAUCAGAAGGAUGAAUUCAUAAAAGAACUCCAGAUGGUUAAGGAACAGAAAUCUGUACUUGAGGGCUGGCUUGGAGAGUCCCAAAGUAUCGUGAAGGAGUUAGAGGAGAAGUUCAUCUCAGCUGUUGAACUCUUGAUCAGUUUCAAGGAAAAAAGGGACAAGAUGCAGAUAGAGCAUGAAAAUGCAGCAAGAGAAGUCAACAGACUGAGGAAAAUGUUAAAUGGGGAAGUUGCAAGGUUUUGCAGUGUACAAAUCCCUGCAUUCUCUUUCAUGGAUAUCAAUGAGGCGACUCACAACUUUGACCCAUCCUGGAAGAUUGCGGAGGGAAGAUAUGGAAGUGUUUAUAAAGGAAUCCUUCGUCAUGUUCAUGUUGCUAUAAAGAUGUUGCCAUUCUACGGCUGUCAAAGCCAGUUGGACUUCCAAAAUGAGGUAGAGGUUUUGAGUAGGGUGAGGCAUCCAAACCUGGUAACACUAAUUGGAACUUGUCCAGAAUUUAGGUCAAUUGUCUAUGAAUAUGUACAAAAUGGAAGUCUUGAAGACCGCCUUGCAUGCAAAGACAACACUUCCCCACUUCCAUGGCAAAUUCGAACAAAGAUUGCUGCUGACAUAUGCUCUACCCUUAUCUUCCUUCGCUCCAAUAAGCCUUGUAUGAUCCAUGGGAAUUUAAAACCUAGUAAAGUCCUCCUUGAUGCCAAUUUUGUUAGUAAACUUGGUGACUUGGGCAUCCUUCACAUGAUCCCACAAAAUGAACAUCCAGCUCAAACCAUCAGAUUGUAUAAUAAUCCAAAGGGAACCUCUGGGUACAUGGAUCCAGAUUAUCUUGAAACUGGAAAGCUUACACCGGAGUCAGAUGUUUACUCGUUUGGAAUUAUUCUGUUACGACUAUUAACUGGGAGAGCAGUUUUGAAUAUAGUAAAGGAUGUGAAAUGUGCACUAGAAAAUGAAAAUUUUGAGGCAGUGUUGGAUAUUUCAGCUGGGGACUGGCCACUUACGCAAGCCAAACAGUUGGCUCAGUUGGGAUUGAGGUGCUGUGAGAAGAGCCAGUUGAAUCGGCCAGACCUUGUGUCAGAAAUAUGGAGUCUUCUUGAGCCAAUAGGAGCUUCAUGCAUCACCUCAGCAUCAUGCCUGGUUUCUAAGAAGCCUCGCCAGAUUCCCUCCCACUUUAUGUGCCCCAUUUACCAGGAAGUCAUGACAGAUCCACAAAUAGCUGCAGAUGGCUACACAUACGAAUCGGAGGCAAUAAGAGGAUGGUUUGAAAGCGGCCACAACACUUCGCCCAUGACAAAUCUCAAGCUUGAACACUGCAAACUUGUCCCUAAUUAUGCCCUUCAAAAUGCAAUUCUAGAGUGGGAGCUACAAUUAUGAAUACAUAUGCUGGAAAUGUAUUACACCGGUCUGGUCUGGAUACCAAUUUAACCACCUUAUUUUUGUAUACCGAUGUAACUGAAAUACGGUAAUGUACAGAACAAGCAAUUAAUAGUGCAUAGAAGCAAUGGACGAUUUUUCUGUACUA